AUGGCGUGUUUCUGCAAGCAUCUUGAUCAACUGAUUGAUAACUUUGACCCUUCCUCCACCGCGCGUCUCGCUUCCAGCCUGAACAAGCAUCUCGAAGCGAUCCGUUCCAUCCUCGCCAAGAAUAAAUCCCUCUCCAAGGAGGUUCGGUACCAGGUUAUUCCAAGCAACCAGCGCACGGCCAAGAUCCUGUCGCUGCAGUCCAUCACUUUUGACAGGGUUAGGAAACUGCACGACACUCUUCAGAAUGACACAAAGGCCUUUUGGGCGUCAAAUGAUGAUUCGUCGCUUCAGGAGCUGAGGAGACGGGUUGCGUGCAUGACGAUAUUCUUGAGAUCAAAGAUUAAUGAUGAUGCUUGGAUCGCUGAGGAUGUUGCUGCUGUUGCCAAGGGGAGGACCUUGUCUGAGUUGAGAUAUGCUGGGAGCAAGUACAUCAAGAUUGCUAGGAAACUUGGAGGAGUUGGUUCAAUUCUUUGGCUUCCUUUGGAGGUACCCGCGUCAACAUAUGAGAGGUACUUGAAUAUGGAUGAUGCCGAAGCAUUCGAACAUCUGAAGAAUAUUGGGUCCGAGGCUCCCGAUUUGACCUUGUUCGUACAGCAUCUAAUCACAGAGCAGCUCAACGACCCCACACUCACUCUAUCCUUUCGCAACCUCCUCUCCGAAUAUGGAGACUGCUUUCUACCAUCCGAACAAGGCCUUCUUCAACUUCACACACUAGGAGGCACUGAAGUUCCGGUCGACCUGUUGCAAAGUGUCAAAACACCAAUGCGACGUUGGACAGAGGAAGGAGAAAUACAGAGUAUAAGUGCACUCGACUUUGGGUUCAGCUCGGACCUGGUCAACGUGCUGUCCAACGAUAGUGUUUUGUUACAAGUUGCACAAAGGCCCGAGGUAACUCAACAAACCUUGGAAGACGGCGCAGUAACCCUGUCACUUCACCCUCAAGCACGAGAAGAGAUUGCAAAUCGUCUAUCACCACAAACACUAGAAGAUUGGGAAACAACAGCUCUUCGACUAUUGUGCUUCGCUUGCCCUCCCUGCUACGAAGGAAAAGUCAACUGGCCACUCCCCACCAAGAAAGCUAUCUGGGCUCUCCUCGAUAAAUUAACCUGCCAAAAAAGAAUUCCAACAUCACUACGAACAUGUGUCAUCGAAGCCCUUCUCUACUUCUGCGAACGCGACCUUUUUAGUAUGCGGCUCGCGGCCAUUCAACGUGCAAAGACCCUCCUACGCAAGAACAUGCCCUUUUACUAUCAAGCGUCCGUCACCCUCUUUGACAGCAUAAUAUCCGGUAAAGACGGCAACUUUGAGAACUCAAACGCGAUAAUCAACGAGUUUCUGUCGUCGGAGCAGUAUGAGGCCAAUACUAGGUCUGAUAACGCUCUCAGAGGAAGAUUGCAUAUUUCAAGCAUCGAAAAUAAGAUUCAUCGGUAUGAGACAGAUGUUGCAACGACGAUUUAUAAUUGGAAGGGCAUCCAUCCGCUUUCCACGUUUGAGAUUGAGGUUACGAGGAGAUUACAGGGAGUUGCAGCCAAGUUCUUCCAUUCAAUUGGAGAUUUCAAGACCACCAGGGCUUCCUUGGAACAGCACUUGUGGUUGAACUCUACCAUGCCCAUACGACACAACACAAAACUGCUCAUCGUCACGAGAUUGGCAGAGAUCCACUGCGAGUUGCACGAGUACGAUAAAGCUCUUCAGAUUAUAAACGUAGAGCUUGAAACCAUGUCUGUCAAAAAGGGCCGGCCUUUUCGACGGUUGUCCAUGGCCAUGGCAGAAGCCUACAUUGGCCUUGGUCAGUUCAACGAUGCUACCUCAGUUCUUGAAGAGCUCAUCACCGUGGAACCGCCAGAGCUGGAUGAUUUAAAUGACCAAGUUCUUAAAAUGAGACGUCUCAUUCUCUCAGCACGUAUUCAGCACGAACGCUGCAACUUUGUCGAUGCUUUGAUGCUCUGGAACCAAACUGGGCAAGUCAUGCAAGAUCUCUCAACUUUUAACUCCAGACAUGGAUGGAUAGCAGCUAUUAUCCAAAUAUCCAUCGCCCAUGCACAAAUAGCCCUGGGCAACAGCGAGGGAGGAAGAGAAGCAUGGGACGCCGCUGUUGAAGUUGCUAUGAGAGAGCGUUUUGAAUUUGUGUUUCCCGUUCUUGCGACGACAUGGUUGCAGAAGAUUGUGGGGGAGAUUUAUCAAGCAAAGGGUUGGCCUUUGAGGAUCAUGAUGCCGGGUGGAAAGUCGGAUCUUACGUGGCUGUGA